UUUUCAGCCGCGCCCCCUUCGCGAUCGAAAUUGAAGGCGACGAACUGAACUGGCCGUCGGCGACCGUGUCCCGUGAACAGGCCGCCUUCGGGGCCGGAGUUGAAUUGUCGACGGAGCAGCAAUGCUUCGGGAAUGGGCGCCGCUGACUGCGCUGCUGCAGCAAGUUCCGCAGAGGGUGCAGCGCGGCCUCUUCUUCGACGACCUGAGUCUCACCUGCGUCGAUGCCCUGCCCGAGUUCAUCGCCGUCGGCACCGACCACGGCUUCGUCCUCUGGUUCGACCGCGCCACGGGACACGUCCAGAGGCUCAAGUGCGAGGAUGCGUCGGACAGCAUCACCAGUGUCCGCCUGGUGUCCACCGUGGACUUCUUGGUGGCCGCUGGCAGCUCUGCAGGGGUUGUCACCAUCUUCAAGGUACCACGGCUGCCGUCUCAGAAUAAACAGAUCGAGCGCUAUCGUGUGUCUGGACUGCACAAUAGCAAAAUUUCUGCCCUGGAGUGGAGUCUCAAUGGAAUGAAAUUGUUCAGUGGUGACGUGUCUGGAAUGAUCGUGUUGACCAAAUUGGAUUUUUACAUGCAUUUGAGCAAGUCAAUGGAAUUACUGGAUGAAAAAUUCUCAAUUGUGCAACUGAGCUUCUGCCACCAGUUGCUACUAGUCUCGUCUCUGUUGAGGACAAUUAUCUGCAACCCUGACGAUCCCCAAAAUAUUACGCAGGUUGGACAGCGAGAAAGAAAAAGGCUUGGUUAUCUUGGCGCAACUUUCUGCGUCUCUCCGAACGGCCUUCCAAACCAAGAGAUCAUCUACACCAGCAGACCUGGCUUGAGGGUCUGGGUUGCUGACCGGCAAGGAACAGUGCAGCAGACGCUCAUUUUUAAAGACGCCUUGUUAAAUCCUCAACUGCGAGUUCAACUCGUCAACCCGGCACCUCCACAUAUUUUGCGCUCUCGUAGCCUUUCCUUUCCAGAAGGAACGUCCAGUGAUCAGGAGGUGACGCAUCCUCUAGUGCAGCAACUUGGCCGCUUGGUAGUAUUCAAAGAGCACAUGCUGGUCACGUGCUCAGGCAACGAUUUAUUUGUCCUCGACCCUGACUCGAUCUCGGUUGUCGCCGUUGCUGAUGAGCUGCGUGGCAUCCUAGACUUCGCGGUGACCAAAGACGAGAUUUUUGUGCUGGAAGGCAAAAGGUCUUUAGUGAGGCUGGCUUGCCAACCAGAGGCGUCCAUCGUGGGCCUGCCGAAGGGCGGCAGCGAGCAGUCAGUAUUGUCGCCGUCAGAGGCGCCACUUGCCGCUACAGCGGUCUCGUCCAUCAAGGACCUGACCAACAAGAUUCCCUUUCACAAGAUAAUGAGCAGCUUAUCGGCACCUUUCCAGCGACAGAAGGAAGAGCCAGUGUUGGCCACUGAGGCGGUGGAGCUGCCGCCUGUGGUCAAGCUCGAAUCAACUGUUGGCUUAACCCUCCUUGAAAGCACUCCCAGCAAGCUGGACACCAUCGGCCAGCAGGAGUUCGAGGAGGUCCUGUUCAAAGGCCGCAGGAAGAAGAAGAAAAUCAGACACGUUCUGGCCCCCUCGGACACUGAGUCUGGGUCUGAGAGUUUUGGGGAGGAGCAGGAUGACCUGGCGAGCCGCGUCCUCAAGCUGUCGCCGGACGACAUUUUGACUGGGAUGCCGUGCCGGCCUCUGCCUCUGCCAGACCUUCGCAGUCCCGACUCGAUUGAACGUGAUGUGGCUGACAAAGAGUCCAAACUUGCCGAGGUGAUGCCGGUGCUUCGAGAUCUGCUAAACCCUGGCGGCCAGCUUUCUCCACCUGCCGUUGCAGAAGAGCAGAAGGAGACCACACCCGUGAGACCCACCGUUCUGCCUUUGGCAAAGAAGGAGCGGUCAAUGUCGACCAGCUCGAAGCAAAUGAGUCUGGACUCGACAACUUCGACUCUGCUGCCUGUGACCGGCAUCCACCCUCUUCAGCAGUCGACGGCCACUGAGACCACAGACCAUUGGGUGCAGUUCAGCCUUCUGGAACCAGUAGCCAACCUGUUGGUCAGCAAGUGGUUUGUGUGCUGCAUCGGGCCGCACGGCUCCAUCAAGUUCAGCACCAGCGUGGAGAGCGAGCUCAAGUGGCGCGAAAGUGAGUGGCGCGCCCAGGAGGUGCAGACAACCCCUGACGGCAAGGUGGUGUGGAGGGUGCACCGCGGGGUGGCUUUCCGGGCCAACUGCAGCCACGAGAACCCCUUUGUUGAGCAAAAUUGGACACAGGAGGUGCGUGGAGUCAGGGCCUUGGCCGUCACAGAGACUGGAACUGCCUGGAUUGUCACUGCAGACUGUUCACUGCAGUACCAUGGAGAAAAUGGGGUGAUCAGCAUUCCGAGCGACUUUCCCGUCGCCAAGGUUACAUGCUCAGGAUUCUCAAUAUGGGUUGUGUCCGCGGGAAGUGGGCAGCUAUGGCAGCGGGCGUGCGUCUCUGAGGCGCAGCCGUCGGGCACGCACUGGCUGCGAAUCGCCACACCCAACGGCGAGCCUAUGGUGGACGCGGCGCUCAGCAUGAAAACGGUGCCCAUGGGUUUCUACACCAUUGGUUGGGUCCUGGACAGACGCAAUGCGCUAUAUUUUUCCUUUGACGCGCUCGUCCAUUCCGGUGAGCUGCCGAAACAGGCGCCUUCUUGGUGGCAGGUCCUCGUCAAUGGUGGCAUACCGAGGCCUCUGGCUGAAGAAAACAUCAAUAUCACCGGUGAGUUGCUUGUGGCAGCCACCGAUUCGUCCAUAUGGGUUGCAACCAAAAACUCCUCCUUGAUCCACAUGAAUAACUCAGAGUUCAUAGGUCACAAAUGGGACGUUGUCCACCCGAUCGAGCUGUCUGUCCGCUGGCAUGAAAUAUCGGCAGAAGGCUCCUCUGACGGAGCUGGUCAGCUGUGGUACCUCAGCUCCCAAGGGGAGCUCUACUGUUCCAGGCCUGACUCGCAGCUUUUUUAUGCCGUGCCUCCUGCUAGCAGCAGCAAGAUAGUGUGUCUUUCAUCCUUGAUUAACUCCCUCUGGGUCCUGGACGCAGAAGGCCGAGUUCUCAUCCGACAGGGUUUAAGUGAACAGAAUACGGCGGGAAGCGGCUGGAAGGAGCUUGAUUUGGCUCAAAUUAAGUCAACGGCACAUUUUGAUUACAUUUCCUGUGGAAUUGAUACGAUUUGGGCAUGUGAUACGACUGGAUCAAUUUAUAUGGCUGUUGGAUCAGCGCAUGAUCUUAAAGCUUGCGAUUUUUCUCCUUGCUGGAUUCAAGUUGAGGACGAUGUGAUGAAAGAGGAGGAUGUCCACUUUCUGAAAGUAGUGGCUGGCUGCAUGGCCUACAUGGUGUGGGCGCUGGACAACAAGAAUAACGUAUACGUCCGAGAAGCCGUGUUCCCUGACUUUCCUCUGGGGACAGGCUGGGUGAUCGUGCCUGGAGUGGAGGCCGUGAAUCUCACAAUCAGCGCCACUGGCGUCUGGGUCCUGACGCCAAACGGCGAAAUCUACCGCAGGUGCGGUAUCAGCGAUGUCAAUUUCAUCGGCGACUUUUGGAAAAAGUUGCCCGGAAGUGCAACUUAUCUGACUGUGUCCGCCGACGACAAGGUGUCUGCUGUUGAUCAGGAAAGCAGGAUAAUCGUGCACAAUCAAAAAGUAUUUUCAUUUCACCACGAACCAAAGACUUGUAUUGAAAGUGAUUGGGAGCUAGUAUGAUAUUAAUUUGAGAUCUUAUAUUUAUGUAUAUUGCUAGAUUUUAUAUAUUUGCAUUCUACACGAUUUUAUCGCCUUGACUGUGCCACAUUCCAGUAUUUACUACAUUGAUGUUUUAUUGAAACUGCUUGAUUAGUCGAGA